GCAGAGUCAACUUUGCCGGCAAGGGCACUUUGGUCCCGUGCGCGUACCACCACCAUCAUCCCCGGCUCGCGCGUUCGAGGUUGCAAUGCUCCUGAGGGCCGUCUCUGUGUGGGAUGACAGGACAUUUUAAAGUCACAGUCCUGCGGCGCGCUAAGGAAGAGGCGAAGACGCUGUGGGGUGCGCUGUAGACGCGCAGAGAGGGGAUUUUUGGUUUGGACAUUGCUGUUGAGACCAUACAUUUUGACCGCUGUCCAGCAGAAUUGAGUCACAAUGAAGAAAUUCCUGCAGAACAAGAAGGGACGGUACUCCUUGCGCCAGGGAAAGUCAGUCUCUCGGCAGUCCUCUAAAGAUUUCUUCCUCACUAUGCCGGCAUCCAACCAGGGCUGGCCAGAGGAGUUUGGUUUCCAGCUGGGGGGCAAUGGCCCCAGCUACAUUGUGUCCGUGGAGGAGGGCAGCAGUGCCAUGCUGUCAGGCCUGCAGCCUGGAGACCAGGUGCUGGAGAUCGAGGGUCAAGACGUGUCCACCCUCAGCGCCCAGGAGCUCAUUGCCCUGGCCCAGUCACAGAAGAACAUCCCCCCCAGCAUCGGGGUGGUCUCACGCAUCCAUCAGAUGGACAUCACCCCAGGCCCUGAUGGCCGAUUUGGCUUCACCAUUGUAGGAGACUGCCCCCUCCUGGUGGAGGACUGCUCCCCAUUCUCGCCGGCGGGUCGCAACGGGCUGCGGGCGGGCGACUACGUCAUGGAGGUGAAUGGCAUCCCGGUGAAGGACCACGAGACGGCGGCGGCUCUGAUCAAGGCGUCGCAGGGCCGCACGCUGCGCCUGGGGGUGCUCUGCAUGGGCAGCCGCCAGAAGCGCCACAGCAGCAGCAUCGACGACUCGCAGCCGGGCAGCGACGGACUCCGGCUGGACCGCAAGCACAAGGCCCUGGAGUUCAACAAGAGGAUUGACCAAGUGCUUGGUGACGAGCCCGAGGUGAAGGAGAAACUGUUUGCUGUUCUGAAGCAGUACGCUGCGGAGAGGAAAGUGGAUUGGCUGGCCUCCGUCCUCCCUGACAUUUUGACCAAUGAGGAGCAUCAGAAGCUCAUUGCUAACAUCAGGAUCUUCAUUCCCAAGAAGCACCGGCAGCGCUUCGACGAGGCCGUGUCGCGGAGCCUGAUCGAGCGCGUGUGCCGGCCGCCGGGGAAGGGCGGCGAGGCGGGCGGCCGAGGACGGCUCCGCCGCAGCCGCAGCCAGGAGCACCACGAGCGGCAGCACGGCUCCAAGCGCACCAGCUCCGUGCCCCGAGACCCCACCGAGAACGGCUUGCGCAAGAGUGCCACCGCCAACAUCCCCACCCUGCCCAACCAGAGGACGUUGAGGGUUAACAGGGGAAAGAAGAGCUUUGGCUUCACCCUCCGGGGUCAUGCACCUGUGUGCAUCGACUCUGUGAUUCCAGACAGUCCAGCGGAGGACUGUGGUCUCAAGCCAGGAGAUCGAAUUCUGUUUCUCAAUGGCCUGGACAUGAGGAACUGCUCCCACGACAAGGUGGUGUCCAUGCUCCAGGGCAGUGGCGCCAAUCCCACACUGGUGGUGGAGGAGGGCCCGGCCUCAUACUCGCCGUCCGACUCGGAGGAGGCUGACCAGUCGCCCCCGCCGCCGCUGCCCCAGUCACGCUCGUCCGCCCUCAGCUCGCUGCAGUGGGUGGCCGAGAUCCUGCCACCCAGUAUCCGCGUCCACGGCCGCACCUUCAGCCAGACCCUGGAGCACGUGCUGACCGGGCAGGAACGCUACAGCAUCUGCAAGUCCCUGGAGACCUUCUUUCAGCACAGGAAUGUGGACACGCUGAUCGUGGACAUCUAUCCUGUGCUGGACACGCCGGCCAAGCAGGUGAUCUGGCAGUUCAUCUACCAGCUGCUGACCUACGAGGAGCAGGAGCACUGCCAGAGCAAGAUCUCCCGCUUCCUGGGCUUCAAGUCGGCAGAGCCAGAGCUGGGCCCCGAGAGCCACCGGCGGAGCAGCUCCAUGCGGGUGACGGGGACGUCGCACCGGAACAGCGUGCGAGAGCGCAGCUCCGACGACUGCAUCAUCGGCACUCACCUGGGAAUGGGGAUGUACACUGAGCCGGGGGCCAGGCCCACGCCGGAGGAGAGGCAGUGCGGAGACGGCACCUCCUUCCCCGAGUCGCCCAGCAUGAACCAUCAUAUGUCAGGAGUGUACACCGAGCUGGAGGGUGUGUACACAGGAAAGAGUGCAACAUCCUUCCAGGGUCACUCAUCCCCAGCCAACAACGGCGGGCAACCAGAGGGCCAAACACACCCCCGCUCGUCCUUCUCCUCAGGGACCCGAAAGUCUGGCCUGUCUCUGUCAUGGAAGGAACCCAACUCCCAUUUCGAGUUCUACCCCACUUCGGCCGAACCUUCGCCGGGCAGCGUGGAGUCCAACCCUUACGUGACCCUGGACAGCCCGCUGCCCUCGCCCAACUUCCCUUCGCUGGCUGCCGACGACGGGCUGCCCAGUCCGCUGUCACGGCGCCGCAAGCUCUUCACCUUCUCCCGGCCGCCCCGCAGUCGCGACACCGACAAGUUCCUGGACGCCCUCAGCGAGCAGCUCGGCCACCGCGUCACCAUCAUCGACGACUUUGUGGGCGGAGAGAACGACUAUGAGGAGGCAUGUGUCUCACGUGUACACACUCACACAUACAAACACAAACAGAUGAGUUUCCAGGACGAGCAGGAGGCGAACGCGUUGCGCCGGCAACUGAGCAGUGCCAGCAGCGACAUGCACAGCAGCAGUGACGACACCAACUCCCUCACCUACUCGUCCGGCUCUGACCACAUCCCACCGCCGCCCCAAAGCCCCCCGCCCCCGCCUCCCCCCAUCCAGUUCACUGACCCCCCGCUGCCCAUCGCGUUGCCCCCCGAGCCGCUGCCCCAGCCGCCGCUGGCCUUCCAGCACCACCCCAUCAUCCCGGUUCCGCCCCCGCCUCCCCCGUGUCCGUUCCUGGCCGGCCGGCCGCCGCUCAACAAGGUGCUGCCCACCAGGGAGGACCUGCAGGAUCGCCGCCGUCACCACCACCACCACCACCAAAACCAGCUACGCCACCAGCACUCCCAGCAGCAGCAGCAGCAGUCCCAGUCUAACCCAGGGGCGCACACCUCCCCCCAGCCCCGAUCCCACGCCUCCAGCCACCAGCUCCAUCACCCGCACCACCGGAGCCAGACGGCCAUGUUCCCUUCGCCCCAGAGCUCCCCCCAGCCGCCGCGCGCCGCGCAGCCUGCGCAGCCCCACGCGCCGCACCCCAUCCUCCCCAACCAGCCCCAGCUCUCGUCCUUCCUCGCCCGGCAGAGCAGCAGCCCCUCGGCCAGGCCCCAGCAGCCGCACGCCGCCCUGCCCACCAGCCAGACCUACGAGAGCGCCCUCAACCAGAAGGUGCCCCCGCCACCCCCACCGCCGCUGCCCCCCUGCGAGCCUCCGCCCCUGCCCAAGCCCUCCCCGAGCGCCAGCGACUCCAAUCAUAUGAGCGUGAAGAGGCUGCGCUGGGAGCAGGUGGAGAACUCCGAGGGCACGAUCUGGGGACAGCUUGGGGAAGACCCAGAUUAUGAUAAACUCAGUGACAUGGUGAAGUACCUCGAUUUGGAGUUGCACUUUGGUACACAGAGGAGUUCCAAACCCACCUUCCUCCCCGAGAGCUUUAAAAAGAAAGACGUGAUCGAGAUCCUCUCCCACAAGAAGGCCUACAACGCUUCCAUCCUGAUAGCGCAUUUGAAGCUGUCCCCUGCUGAGCUGCGACAGGUCCUCAUGACCAUGAGCACCGAGCACCGCCUGGAGCCGGCUCACAUCAGACAGCUGCUGCUCUACGCCCCCGACGACGAGGAGGUCAAGCAGUAUGAACGGUUUGACCAGGACCUCACCAAACUCAGCGAGCCAGAUCAAUUUGUCCUCCAGAUGUUAUUGGUGCCUGAGUAUAAGACCAGGCUGCGUAGUCUCCAUUUUAAGACCACUCUCCAGGAGAAGGUGGAGGAAAUGAGAGCUGGCUACGAGUGCAUCUACAAAGCCUCCCUGGAGCUUAAGAGUAGCAAGAAGCUGGCAAAGAUCCUGGAGUUUGUGUUGGCAAUGGGGAAUUACCUGAACAAUGGUCAACCUAAAACAAAUAGAACAACUGGAUUUAAAAUUAACUUCCUCACUGAGCUCAGCACAACAAAGACUGUUGAUGGAAAGUCAACGUUUCUCCACAUUCUUGCCAAAUCACUAUGCCAACAUUUCCCAGAGCUUCUCAACUUUGCCAGGGACCUUACAACCGUGCCACUUGCUGCUAAAGUCAACCAGAGAACCAUCACUACAGACCUCACAGACCUCCACUCAACCAUUGAAGACAUCCGGACUGCCUGUCUAAAGAUCCCACCCACAGCCGAGGAUCGCUUUGCAGUCGUCAUGAGUAGCUUCUUGGAGAACAGCCACCCGGCAGUGCAGUCCUUAGAUUCACUCCAGCAGAGGGCCAUCGAGGAGUUCAGCAAGGUGGCGUCCUUCUUCGGUGAGGAUGGCAAGGCCACCACCACUGAGGCCUUCUUCGGCAUCUUUGCAGAGUUCACCUCCAAGUUUGAGCGUGCGUUACAUGAAACCCAGGCCACUGAAAACCCACGAAGCCCACGCAUGACCUCUCCUCUUGCUUGGUGAGAAGCAGACAUAUCAAUGAUUCUUGACCAAUGUGCCAACAGCUCGAAUAGCGAAGACCGUGGAGAGGGAACACAUUCCAAACAUUGUAUGGAAUUUGUUCAGGCAGUAUGGCCAAACUUAAUCAAGGGUAAAGUUUUAUGUGAGCUCUAUUGCCUGAUUCAGACUGAUUCAGACUUUUACUUAAAAUGUCAUAGUUAAUACCAGAUGUUCAGGAGAUAUAAAUAUAUAUAUAUUUAUUUAUAUAGUGUUUGAUCAUAUUUGACAGUGGAAUUGUGCAGCAUGUGUAUGGACCUAACAAAGAUUUCUGAAUGCCAGUGGCAAAGAAUGUACCCAGAGUAUAUAUUAUGUUUAGUUUGGUAAGAAUGAUGUUCUGAUAUAUGUGGCCAGGAUCUGUUUUGUUUACUGCCCCCCUCGCAUCCAUGGUUUCAGUAGUGAAAUAGACAUUACAGUCAUGCAGCAAAAGAACUUGUACAUGGUAAAGAAGAUAAAUACAUGCUAUGUUAAUGGAUCACAUGCAAAUUCCAAAAUGAUCAUGAUUUUACAAAAGAUUCAGUAUUGAAAUGCUACAUGUCCUGACGUUAUAGUAAUACAGUGUAGUUUAAUUUAUGUGGCAUUUGGCAAUUUCAAAAUAUGUUCUAAUCUGGAUUUUUGCUAGUUCAUUUAUUAUUACAUACCCACCAUAUUUAAGACCAGUGAGUAGCCUAGCAUGUGGCAUAGGGAACAGUUUGUGUGUUUCAGUCCUCUCAAAGCUGAGUAUUGACUAAAAGAACAAGAUAUUCUGGCACUGUUGGAAUAAUUAUUUGUAAAGCAGUCACUGUCGUGUUUUUUUCUCAGUCUUAUUAUGUAUUUUUGUACAGUCAUUACUUUAAUUUGAUUAAUGGUGGAGUCAAUAUGUUAUUGUCUCCUUGAUAAGAGCAGAAUCAGAACAUAUUUAUGUUUAUUGUUUUGAAUACAUAUGAAGUGUUUUUUGUUCUGUCUUUCUUUUGUCUUCCCCCCUUCAGCUGUGUAGCUUGGUUCAUUUUAGGCCUUAUAGCUGAAUGUAAACCAAAAAUCUCAAAACAGCCCCACAUAUUCUGUCACAGAUUCAUUAUAACUUUAGCUUGUGACAAAAUAGCCUAAUUGGCUGCUGUGAUGUCAAUACCCUUUAUUUAUUUGUGUCUAAUUAUGUAAUUUAUAUGUUUUUAUGUUAUAAUGUAUCUCAGUAUCACUGUUCUGUAGUACAGCUACUGGCUUCAGUAUGUGGGCCAUAGACUUAUAAAUGCCGCUUGAUGUAUGUGUUUUAUAAUAUUGUGAGAAUAAAUUUGCU